AAAAGCAGAGGAAAGCAGAGGAGACAGGCAGAGCAGAGGAGAGAACCCCACCUUGGCAAAAAGAAAAGAAAAAUAAUAUCAUCGCACUUUUUGCUGCCCUUUUCAUCCCCUCGGAUAUUCACGAAGCAAAUCUCUCUGCAAUUCUUUUCUUUUUUUUUUUUGAUCUUGCGGAUCUUCUCCAUUGAGGAAAGGCGAGAGCUUUGGGAUCGAUUCCGGGCCAUGGCGAAGGAGGUGGAUCCGUGCGACCACGGCGAGGUCGUCGACGCCGGGUGCGUCCGCGCCGUGCUGGCCGAGCUCGUCCUCACCUUCGUCUUCGUCUUCACCGGCGUCGCCGCCACCAUGGCCGCAGGGGUGCCGGAGGUGGCGGGGGCGGCGAUGCCGAUGGCGGCGCUGGCGGGGGUGGCGAUCGCGACGGCGCUGGCGGCGGGGGUGCUGGUGACGGCGGGGUUCCACGUGUCCGGCGGGCACCUGAACCCGGCGGUGACGGUGGCGCUGCUGGCGCGGGGGCACAUCACGGCGUUCAGGUCGGCGCUCUACGUCGCCGCCCAGCUGCUGGCUUCCUCCCUCGCCUGCAUCCUCCUCCGCUACCUCACCGGCGGCAUGGCGACCCCGGUGCACACUCUGGGCUCAGGGAUAGGGCCCAUGCAGGGCCUGGUCAUGGAGAUCAUCCUAACCUUCUCCCUCCUCUUCGUCGUCUACGCGACCAUCCUUGACCCGCGGAGCUCGGUCCCGGGCUUCGGCCCGCUGCUCACGGGCCUCAUCGUCGGUGCCAACACCAUCGCUGGUGGCAACUUCUCCGGCGCGUCAAUGAACCCGGCCCGGUCAUUUGGGCCGGCGCUGGCCACUGGAGUGUGGACCCACCACUGGAUCUACUGGCUCGGGCCGCUGAUUGGCGGGCCUCUCGCUGGGCUGGUCUAUGAGUCAUUGUUCUUGGUCAAGAGGACCCAUGAGCCUCUGCUAGAUAAUUCCUUUUAGUAGUCUGGUCUCUUUAGAUGGUUUCAUUUGCAGAAUGCAUAUAUUGCCAGGUAGUAAUAAGAUGCUUGUGCAGCUUGUAGGCCUGUAAGGGCUGUAUAAUUAUUAUUUUCUUUUUGCCCUCGAGGAUUUUAUCAACGUUGAUAAUCAGCCAUGUAAAAAGAUUGUUUGGGAUAUGAUUUUUUUGUUAGUAUAAAAUGUAGUCCGGUAGUUGGUCUGUUGUAAAUCGGCGAAUGCCAUGUGGUUUUGAAAUUAGAAUCUAUGUAAACAUUUUCAAAUGAAUUCAGUAAAAUUCAUUUCAAAUGGGUAUCAA